AUGAACUUCCUGCGUCGCCGCCUCUCGGACAGCACCUUCAUCGCCAACCUCCCCAAUGGCUACAUGACGGACCUGCAGCGACCGGACCCCCCUGCUCCUCCACCACCGUCUUCCUCCUCGGCCGCCCAGGCUCCCCCUGCCCAGGCGCCCUCACCUGGGCCAGGUGGCACCUCCCCGGCUCCAGGCCAGUCCCCCGCAGCCUCCCCAGCCCCGGACCGCCGGCCCCAGCAGCAGCAACCGGCUGCCCAGUCCCAGCCCCAGUCUAGCGGCAUGGGCUUCUUCAGCUCCAUCACCAGCGUGGUGAAGCAGACCGCCGCCGCAGCUUCCGCCGCCUCUGUCGGGCUGGUGGAGCAGACGUCGGCCGCCACCGCUGCCGCCACCUUUAAGAUCCUGCUGGUCAUCGAUGAUCCCCAACAUGAGUGGGCUAAAGUCUUCCGAGGAAAGAAGGUUCAAGGAGAAUUUGACAUCAAAGUCGAACAGGCUGACUUCUCUGAGAUCAACCUCAUUGCUCACGCCAACGGUAGCUGCAAUGUGGACAUGCAGGUCAUCAGGAACGGAGCCAGAGCAGUGCGGUCGUUCAGGCCCGACUUUGUCUUGGUGCGACAGCACGCCUACAGCAUGGCCAAGAACGAGGACUUCCGCAACAUGAUCAUCGGCCUGCAUUACGCCGGCAUCCCCAGCGUCAACUCCCUGGAGUCCAUCUAUAACCUCUGUGACAAGCCAUGGGCGUUCGCCCAACUCAUCAGCACUUGCAAGAAGCUUGGCUCUGAUCAAUUCCCUCUCAUCGAGCAGACUUACUAUCCAAACCACAAGGACAUGAUAUCGAUGCCUACGUUCCCUGUAGUGGUUAAGAUUGGCCAUGCACAUGCUGGUAUGGGCAAGGUGAAGGUGGACAAUCACAGUGACUUCCAGGACAUUGCUAGUGUGGUGGCCAUCACACAGACCUACACCACUACAGAGCCCUUCAUCGACGCCAAAUACGACAUCAGAGUCCAGAAGAUAGGUGCCGACUACAAGGCCUACAUGAGGACGUCCAUUUCAGGGAACUGGAAAUCCAACACAGGGUCAGCCAUGCUGGAGCAGGUGGCCAUGACAGACAAAUAUCAGCUGUGGGUGGAUACCUGCUCUGACCUGUUCGGAGGCCUGGACAUCUGUGCAGUGAAAGCCAUACACGGGAAAGAUGGGAAGGACUACAUCAUUGAGGUGGUGGGCUCCUCCAUGCCCCUGAUCGGGGAGCACCAGGGGGAGGACCGGCAGCUUAUUGCUGAGGUGGUGUUGGCCAAAAUGAACCAGCCAGCCAGCAGGCCUCCCCCGCCGCGACCCCCACUGAGGGCCAUGCCCACUCCCCAAGCCCCGCCAGAGGCGGCCCCUGUGAAGGAGAGUGUGGCUGAGCCUGCCAAGGCCCCGGCACAGAGACCAUCACCACAAGGGGCCCCAGUGAAACCCCAGGAGCCCAAACCUCAGGCUAAGCAGUCGCCAACGUCCGAUCCUGCACUCAAAGCGGCAGCAGUCACACCUCCUAAACCAGCUGCAGUCACACCUUCUAAACCAGCUGCAGUUACACCCCCUAAACCAGCCACAGUUCCACCUCCCAAACCACCACCUCCCAGAAUUGUCACUUCACCCAAAGCAGCCACACCCCCUGAGCCCACCCCGGAGCCAGCUGCACCCAAGCCCACACCUGCCCCCGUUGCUGCCCCUGCCCCUGCCCCUGUUGCUGACCCCACUCCUGUUGCUGCCCCCUCCCCUGCUCCUGCCCCUGUGUCUGCUCCCACCACCCAACAGCCAAAGCCCCAGCCGCAAGUGGCCCCAGCUGCAUCACCUGCUCCUGGCAAGCCCACAGAGUUGCCCCCGAAGCCCCAGUCGCCCAAGCCAGUGCUCCCCGCCAAGCCAGUGCCUCCCAUGAGGAGAAACUCCAAACCGCAGCUGCAGCCAAAGCCCCAGACCCCGCCUCCGGCCAAAGCCUUCCCCAAGCCCUCCCCAGCCCCAGCAGCAGCAGCAGCCCCAUCGUCCGCAUCAGGUGCAUCAGAGGCAUCUCCAGCCCAGGUCCAGUCCCCGGCUAAGCCCCAGCCGCCACCUAAGGCCCCCGUACCGAAGGAACCGGCCGCGGCAACUGAGCCUGCCGCCUCGGCCGCCCCUGCCACGGCUGCCCCAACCAGCCCCCCGGCCCCGGCCCCUGUAGCUGAACCCGCGGACGCCCCCACAGCCUCAGCAGCCCCCUCUGCCGCUGCCCCUGCCGCCGCCCCGAGCCAGGAACAGCAGCCAGCGCCCGUGGAAGAGCAGCCAGCACCACAGCAGAAGUCAAUACACCCACUGCUGAACAAAUCCCAAUCCCUGACCAAUGCCUUCAAUGCCUUUGGUGAAACGUUCCGCUCCAGCACCUCCACCGCCAACGAGGAUGAAGCCAAGGCAGAAACCAUCCGCAACCUGAGGAAGUCUUUUGCCAGCCUCUUCUCUGACUAGAGGUGAUUUUUUUUUUGGUUUAGAUAUCGCCAAAAAAGAAAUAAAAAACAGAGAAAACGUCUAUAUUGCUGACCUGUUUGUGUCCUGGUCUGAGAUGAAGUAAGUCUUUGUAAAUGUAUACGCUUGUAUCCUCCUCCCCACCUGGUUAUAUGUGUGAGUACGAGUGUGGCAUAAUGAGUGUUUGUACAGUAUCAGUUUUGAGGUAUUAAGAAACAACAAAUGUUUGUGUUUGUGUUUAUAAUUCAUAUUGGUCUAAAUGUGGCUGUCUGUAAAGGUCCUCUUCACUCCAAAUGAACUAUAAUUACAACUAUAACAGCGAAUGAUUAGAGUGCGUUUGUGUAUGUUGCUCAAACUUAAAGUGGUCUUCAGAGAGAUCACAUUUUAAUCAUGAAGGCAAUGAUGGGGGAAACCAUUUUGUUGGAAUUGCUUUUGCUGGUCGAUAAGCCAAGUGGGUGUGGAAAAGUGGAAGACGCCAUUCUCUAUUAGUUGUUUGCACUUACAAUCAGAAUCUUAAAUUAAAAUGCUGUACAGUAUGAACGGGUCGUCUCACUAGUGUUCUUCUGUUUAUAGUUAUCGUUAAAGUUCUGUGUGUGAAUGGGUCCUCAAAGUGGGAGGGGAGAGGUCGGGAAUGUCGAUGUAACGUUGCAUGGUUGCAAAAACAUGGUUGGCACCAGUGAGAGUUGAAAAGGGCAAGAGUGGUCCUGUCGAGAUAACCCUUUGUCCCUUCGAUGUUGUAGCCUUAUCGUGACAAUGUGUUUCUCCAAAGACAUGUAGCCGUGAACUUAUGUUCCUUCCUUCACCGCCCCCACCGACCCCCCUGUUGCAUAUUAUCUACAGAUCAAUCUAUACAUAAUUCAGUGAAUACAUUAUAUAGAGAAUAUAGAAAAUAUACAUUUAUUCAAUAAUACCUCUCAGAAAAACAAGUGUCUUUUUAAAAAAUAUAUAUGAAGCCAUUCUUUCUCCCAGUUCCUUAUUGUGUUCCGUGAUGCAGAGCUGGUGUUGUGAACAGGUAACUGGUUCUGCCAUCUUCUGAUGGACGCCCCAUGGAGUCCCAUCAGCCCCCCUGACCUGGUAAAUCAGUCUCUCGUGCUUAGUGUCAUUUGUACAAGGGUGGCUGGCAUUGGUCCAUUUUGGGUAGGGUGCACACAGCCAAAGUCACUUAUUGCAGGUGCCAGACAAUAGUGCACACUGCGACAUAAGCUUCAAAAAAUAAACUUUAAUAAAUCGAAACGGCAACCUUUCGAUCACCCAAAGUUUAUAUUUUGGAGCGUAUUUCACAGUGCACUGGCUGAUCUACCUUUAACUGGCUGGCACUGGUUCCAGUGACCUGUGCCUUCCAGUGAUGGUUCAUGCUAGAUUAAGAAACUACAAUACAGUGUCAUAUAUUCCAAAUGACCUGAUUUUAGGUACCUUGCAUACACCUCCAGUAUAAAGCAUUGCAUUGUAGCUUCCCGAUCCAGGCUGUCUUCACAGGUAGCAUCUCACCUAGAGGGGGGGAACAGAGGCAGUGCUUGUGACUGAUGGCAUCGACUGUGUGGAAUAUUUAAAUUGGUAGUGCGUAGGCAGUCUUGUCUCAUAGCCUGGAUAGUUGCAAUUGUCAAGUCAUGGGCAUAAUAAUUUGGUGAAGGCAGAUCCAAUUGUUUUAAAUCAUUUUAGAAAAUCCUAUGGGGGUAAAAAUGAUCUCUCAAAGCCAAACUGUCUGUACAAAAUGAAGUAUAGCGCGAUGUGGCUGGUUUACUGGACAACUGUACACCUGACCUGGGGUCAAGUUGCUUUUUUAACCCAUGAGUGCCAUGUACGAGGUAGUGUCCUUGCGUUAUCGUGUCGUAUUGUACGUGACACAUCUCAGGAGUCGCUUUUUAUUUUUUGUAAAAGUCAUAUUUUAUUCUAUUAUUGCCUCCAUGCUGUUCACAUUGUGUUCUCUUUGUACACAAUUAUCUGCUUUGCAUGACCCAGUGAAGAUUGUUUAUUUUUUUCUGUACAGGUGUCAAUAAAAAAACAAACAA